AUGGGCACCUAUUACAUGCCAGACACUGUGCUAGGUCUUGGGGUAUAUAGAGUCGUAGAAAAGAUGUUACCUGUUCAGACAAUGAUCGAAGGGUAUGGUUGGCAUGGAAUUGAAUUUCAUCUGUCUGUGAGAAUUGUAAACAAGGUUGCCAUCACGAAAGCCAAGGUGGAUUUCUCCAGUGUAGUGUGCCUGCCCCCUUCCGUCAUUGCUGUGAAUGGGCUGGACGGAGGAGGGGCUGGCGAAAAUGAUGAUGAACCAGUGCUGGUGUCCCUGUCCGCGGCACCCAGCCCCCAAAGCGAAGCUGUUGCCAAUGAACUGCAGGAGCUCUCCUUGCAGCCCGAGCUGACCCUAGGCCUCCAUCCUGGCAGGAAUCCCAAUUUGCCUCCACUUAGUGAGCGGAAGAAUGUGCUGCAGUUGAAGCUCCAGCAGCGCCGGACACGGGAGGAACUGGUGAGCCAAGGGAUCAUGCCGCCUUUGAAAAGUCCAGCUGCAUUUCAUGAGCAGAGAAGGAGCUUGGAGCGGGCCAGGACAGAGGACUACCUGAAGCGGAAGAUUCGUUCCCGGCCAGAGAGAUCGGAGCUGGUCAGGAUGCACAUUUUGGAAGAGACCUCGGCUGAGCCUUCCCUGCAGGCCAAGCAGCUGAAGCUGAAAAGAGCCAGGCUGGCCGAUGACCUCAACGAGAAGAUUGCGCAGAGGCCUGGCCCCAUGGAGCUGGUGGAGAAGAAUAUCCUGCCUGUGGAGUCUAGCCUGAAGGAAGCCAUCAUUGUGGGCCAGGUGAACUACCCGAAAGUAGCAGACAGCUCUUCCUUUGAUGAGGACAGCAGCGAUGCCUUAUCUCCUGAGCAGCCUGCCAGCCAUGAGUCCCAGGGCUCAGUACCGUCACCCCUGGAAGCCCGAGUCAGCGAGCCACUGCCCAGUGCCACCUCUGUGUCCCUCACUCAGGUCGUGUCUCAACUCCCCGUGGGCCCAGAGUCUGGAGAAACAGUCUUCCUGGCGGAGCAGCCUCCUCCGCCGCCCAGCCUCGCCAACGGAACCACGGUCGCCACCGCCAAGCCCCUCCCCACGCUCAUUAAGCAAAGCCAACCCAAGUCUGCCAGUGAGAAGUCGCAGCGCAGCAAGAAGGCCAAGGAGCUGAAGCCGAAGGUGAAGAAGCUCAAGUAUCACCAGUACAUCCCCCCCGACCAGAAGCAGGACAAGGGGGCGCCCCCUAUGGACUCCUCCUAUGCCAGGAUCCUGCAGCAGCAGCAGCUCUUCCUGCAGCUCCAGAUCCUCAAUCAGCAGCAGCAGCAGCACUACAACUACCAGACCAUCCUGCCUGCCCCGCCCAAGCCAGCAGGGGAGGCUCUGGGAUGCGGUGGGGCCCCCCUGACGCGCAGCCUUUCCGCUACCAGCAGCAGCUCCGGCUCGGGCGCCCCUGGGCCCAGUGGGCUGGUACGUCAGAACAGCACCUCAUUGACUGGCAAGCCUGGGGCCCUGCCUGCCAACCUGGACGACAUGAAGGUGGCAGAGCUGAAGCAGGAGCUGAAGUUGCGGUCACUGCCCGUCUCGGGCACCAAGACAGACCUGAUUGAGCGCCUGCGCGCCUACCAGGAGCAAAUCAGUCCCGCCGCUGGAGCACCCAAGGGCCCUGCCGCUGCCUCCAUCCUACCCAAGGCUGGCGAGGUGGUGGUAGCCUUCCCCGCGGCCCGGCUAAGCACGGGGCCCACCCUGGUGGCAGCAGGCCUGGCCCCGGCUGAGGUGGUGGUGGCCACGGUGACCAGCAAUGGAGUGGUGAAGUUUGGCAGCACGGGCUCCACGCCCCCUGUGUCUCCCACCCCCUCAGAGCGUUCACUGCUCAGCACAGGCGACGAGAACUCCACGCCCGGGGACACCUUUGGCGAGAUGGUGACGUCGCCAGUGACCCAGCUCACCCUGCAGGCCUCGCCGCUGCAGAUCCUUGUGAAGGAGGAGGGCCCCCGCGCUGGGUCCUGCUGUCUCAGCCCUGGGAUGCGGGCAGAGCUGGAGGGGCGUGACAAGGACCAGAUGCUGCAGGAAAAGGACAAGCAGAUCGAGGAGCUGACCCGCAUGCUCCGGCAGAAGCAGCAGCUGGUGGAGUGGCUCAGGCUGCAGCUGGAGCAGGAGAAGCGGGCCCAGCAGCCCACGCCAGCCCCUGCCCUGGUCACGCUUGAUGCCGCAGUGAAGCAGGAGAACAGCCUUGCCAGCUGCCAGCUGAGCAGGCAGCCCCCGGGCCCUGAUCACCCCUUCGGCCCCAGCCUCGCGGGCCCCGCUGCCCACCAUGUAGACACUUACACUUGUACCCUGGUGCCCCCGGCCGUGGUGGUGAAGCAGGAAGCCGUGCUGCCCGAGCCUGAACCAGCCCCGGCCCCGCAGCUGCUUCUGGGCCCACAGGGCCCCAGCCUCAUCAAGGGGGUCACACCUCCCACACUCCUCACUGACUCCACAGGGACCCACCUUGUCCUCACCGUGACCAAUAAGAAUGCAGACAGCCCUGGCCUGGCCAGCGGGAGCCCCCAGCAGUGCCCUGUUCAACCAGGUUCCCCCGCACCUGGGCCCCGGGCCCCCCCGCCACAGCCCCUUUUUGGGACCCCCACUUCUCUGCCGAAGAAGGAGCCGCCUGGCUAUGAGGAAGCUGUGAGCCAGCAGCCCAGACAGCAGGAAAAUGGUUCCUCAAGCCAGCAGAUGGAUGACCUGUUCGACAUUCUGAUUCAGAGUGGAGAGAUCUCAGCAGAUUUCAAGGAGCCGGGGAAAGAGAAGUCCCCCCCGACAGCAGCCUGCGGGUCACCCCUGGACGCACAGCCGUCGCCGUCCGCCGAGCUCCCUCAGGCUGUCCCGCCUCCAUCCGGCUCGCCGGCCCUCCCUGGGCGCCUGGAGGACUUCCUGGAGAGCAGCACAGGGCUGCCCCUGCUGACCGGCGGGCACGAGGGGCCAGAGCCCCUCUCCCUCAUCGACGACCUCCACAGCCAGAUGCUGAGCAGCUCUGCCAUCCUGGACCACCCCCCCUCUCCCAUGGACACUUCGGAAUUGCACUUUGCGCCUGAGCCCAGUGGUGUGGGCCUGGACCUGGCUGAUGGCCACCUGGACGGCAUGGACUGGCUGGAGCUGUCGUCGGGCGGGCCGGUGCUCAGCAUGGCCCCGAGCACCACAGCCCCCAGCCUCUUCUCCACGGACUUCCUCGACGGCCACGACUUGCAGCUACACUGGGAUUCCUGCUUGUAG